AUGGCAGUUGAUUUGGCAUUUCUUAAACAAUCAUUACUGCAAGACACUACUACUAAAAUAAAGAAUGUUCAAGUCAAUCAACGGCAUUUAAUCGACAAAAUCUUGGCAAGAUAUUCUGCAGAGUUUACUGUGUUUAGAGAGCUUUUGCAAAACUCCAACGAUGCCGGUGCCAAGUCUGCUCAAAUCAUCUUUUUAACAGAUAAAGACACUGCGCCAAAGACAUCCAUGUUUUCAUUUCCAUGGAGUAAAACUUCAAAUGUCACAACAGUCAUUUACAAGAAUAAUGGAGCUGCUUUUUCCGACGAGGAUUUUGCUAGACUGCGUAAAAUCGCAGAGGGGAAUCCCGAUGAACAAAAGAUUGGCUUUUUUGGUGUUGGAUUUUACUCCUUGUUUAGUAUCUGUGAAGAACCAUUCGUAACUUCAGGAUCUCAAAGUAUGGCAUUUUUAUGGAACGAUGACAUGCUGUUUACAAAACAUGGAACACUGCCCAAGGAAGCACAGUCAGAAUGGACUGUGUUUUAUCUGUCUAUGCGUGAACCAAUUGAUCCGCCAAAGGCUGCUGAUUUUGGUCGCUUUCUCACCACGUCGCUUGCUUUUACAUCAUGUCUGGAAUCAAUCGAAGUGUUUAUUGAUUCUGAACGUAUAUUAAACUUUAACAAAAAAUGCUCUAUUCCACGUUCAGUUGAUAUUCCCAAUUGCAAAUCUGUCAUACUCAAAUCACCCAAUAAUCUAUUUCAACUAUCCACGGUUUCUGUUUCAAAGGCCCAGCUAGAUGUACAAGUAAAAAACAAGCAAUCGGAGGAGAGCUACACCAUAUUUAUGCAUAUCGCCACUGCAGAUAUUACUUCAACCCUUCCUCGCAAACUAGCAGAUGAAAUGAAACGAACAACUAAAAAAAAUCCUCCUUCCACUACCCAACUGCGACUUAUGUUUUCAAACUAUGAUGAAUACGACAGCUCUUCUGGUGUACGAAAAGGUGUGCAGAUGUUCAACGAUCUUAUGCCUGAUCCGUCUGAUCAAGGUCGAAUUUUUAUUGGAUUUCCAACUCAUCAAACUACUGGCUGUGCCAUACAGAUUGCUGGGCAUUUGAUUCCAACUGUAGAGCGUGAAAGUAUUGAUUUUGUCGAUCGCUCCUUAAAGUACUGGAAUCAGGAGCUGCUUUUCAUGGGCGGUCUACUUGCUCGGAUCAUGUAUAACAUGGAUCUUGGUGAAAUCGAAACUUUGUAUACCCAGCUCAGUCUAGAUUCUGAAAGUCAAAAAUGGCUGCAAAAAAAGGCAGUACACACCAUGAGUGCGUUUACAUUUAAAGCAUCAACCCCCUCUUUGCAUGUCAGUUCCAUUAUGCGCCAAGCAUUCUAUUCCAUGUCUAAACAAUCUCUGUUGAUUGUGUCGUCCAUGGGUAUUCGGCUGGCAAGCGAUGUCCGACUAUCUGUUCCCGAGAUGCUACCUUUUAUCAAACUCACACCACUGCUUCCAGAUCAUGUGCUUGAAUCUUGUCGUGAUCUAGUGAAGCAACUUCAAGCAGGUGGAUGUCUUUUCUCACUUGGACUUGCCGAUGUAUUUAUUGAGCUUCGCCAACGAACAUUCACAAUAACUGAAGUUGUCGCGCUUAUCAAAUGGUGGUUUAAACAGUUGCAAUCUGGUCAAAGCUUUAUGAAUAGUUCAAAUGUUGUGAUUUCACGAGCAGAUUGCAUCACACUCAAACAGAUUCUAACCAUGCAAGACACUCCUGACUCGCCCAAAAUCGCUUUUGCAAACUUGACUCAUUUUGUGCGUCCCAACUUUGGAGCAAUUGAUUUACCAUUUCCUGAUACGGUAAUGCCUCACACUGUGAGUAAACAUUUAUCUGCCGAAGCCAUUGGGUUUGUUUUCCCUGAUAUUAAAGAAUUCACAAUCGUCGACUGGCUACGGUAUGUGACUGCACGUGCAGAGUUUGGAACGGAUGUAAUGUUUACGGAAAAAUGCAUGGCUGUCAGCAGCAAGCAUUAUUCAACGAUUUCAGAAACUGCUCGUGCUCAACUGAUAUCCAUCUUGGCAACCAAACCGUGUAUCCCAACGCAGCUGGGCAAGAUACUUGUUCCGGAACAGGUCUAUUUCUCCAGCGUGACGCUUUUCAAAGAACUUCCAAUUGCUACUUUUACUCAUCCUCGAUUAGUAUCUGAUGCUAUGCUCAAGACAUUGGGCGUACGUGAGCACGUAGAAUUGCAGGUGGUGUUUGAUCGUCUAACAGAUCUCAAUUGGGAUCAGGUGCAGCUGAUCAAAUACCUGGCAUCAGUGCAAACAAAACUAUCCUCGCUUGAAAAAAGUCGACUAUCUGCUACAGCGCUUUUUCUGGGUGAAGCCAAAAAUAGUGGUUCUACCAAUGGCAGUGAAAGCACUGCACCUUUGCGACGCUAUCGUGCAUGCGAUUUGUUUGUUCCAAGUGAUACGCUUCGUACAUUGGGUAUGCCUCUUCUCCAGUGGACUGUAGAAUGGAGAUCCGAGUCUCUUGAAGCCAAGUUUCUCAAAGAUCUGGGACUCAAAGAAUAUGUUUCUAUUGACAAUCUCAUUUUUCAAGCUUCCACUGCUACUGUUUUUACAUUACGCCAGUUAUGGAUUCAAUACUUUAUUGACAAUUACGAAACCGUGUACAAAAAAGUAUACGAACCAACUACUGUUAGUAAGCCUUUUUUACCAAUUGUUGGCAGCACCACUUUGGCCACCCCAUCCACGUGCUUUUCCAAUCCUGAUGUGGCCAUUAUGGGGUUCAAGGUUCUGGCAUUGGAUUUAAAACCACAUUCAGAGAAACUCGGUGUACGCCAAUCUCCUACUGCACAGACUAUAAUCGAUCAGCUAAAAAAGUCUCCACCGACAUUGGACACAGCAGCAGAGAUGUUUACUUUUUUGGGAACCCAACAAGUGCACUUCACCAAUGCCCAUUGGAAUUUGCUCAAAUCUCUCCCGUUUAUUCCUACCGUUUCAAAGCAUAUACCUUUAGUGCAUUCUAAUACACCUGCUCCCAUCACAUACACAUCGCCAACAGAUGUGUAUUUUAAAAGUGCGCAGGACGAAGCAAAACAGCUAGUACCCUUUACUUAUAUUGAUUUCGGGAUAGCUGCAAAUGCAUUUUUACGUACCUGUGGGGUAAAAAACGAACCAUCUCCGAUUGAACUAGCUUAUACCUUGGCCAAAUCCCCGCAUGAGUUUUUAGAUUCGUCUGGUAUUGAAGUGUACCUGUCUUUAUUAAGACAGGUUGCUGCCAAUUAUGAUACAUUGAGAACGGAUAGUCAGCUUAUGAAACUGAUGCGCUCUAGUGCAUUUUUGUUGGGUGUAAAGCAUGGCAAUGACACUGAUAGUGUGGACGAUAAGACUGAUGAAAUAAUCGACUCUACAAAAAAUGAUGUGGAUGUUCCUAUGCGAUUCAAACUUGCCAAAGCAUCAGAAAUCUACCUCAUGGACGAUGCAGUUUGCUCACAAAUUUUCAAGCCAGUGUGCGCGCCUAUGGAAGAUAUUUUAGAGCGCAUGUAUCAAGAUCUCGGAUCGUGCUGGAUUUCUCAAAAAGUACAGCUGAAGUAUUUGCCAAACAGCGCUCUAAUUGAAUCACCUACUUCACAAAAACUGCAAGCUCUAAUCAAUGAACGUGCAGUUUUACUACUUUAUGAUGGUCAUCAAUCACGCCGAUCCAAGGAUUUGAUUCCCAAAGCUGAAAAAGUGCUAUCCAAUCUACAAGUUCUUGAAACCAACUCCAUCAAUAUUGUGCGAACAUUUCAAGGCGUAUCACGUACACAGAGCACAACUGCAUGUGUUGUUGUCAAGUCGACUGGACUUGGAAACUCUACUCCAAUCCUUGUCAUAGUCAACUCAUUCGACCACUUUGAUGUUGCAACAAUGAUUGGAAGAUUGGUUUUACGCAUGCCGCGAUUAAAUGACAAUUUAAUGCUUUCCACACUGUUGUCAUCUUCAAUUGAAAACCUGAACAGAAAGGGAUUUCCCGUGGAUCGAAUUUUAAAUCUAAGAGCUAGUAAACUUAAAAUCCCUUCCAAGGCAGUAGUUGAAACAAGCAAGCAUUUGUCUCGUGAUACAAUGUCCCAGAAUAAUAACUCGAGCGAAUCUGGAUCACGUACAUCACUUUACGACAGCAAAAAAAUAGACAGCUCGCCAAAACGCCUGGACGAAACAGACGAGUCUAUAUUGAAAAACAAGGUGCAGGAAUUGCUAUCCAUAUUCCCUGACGCUGAUCCCAAAUUUCUAUACAAUCGCUUGCGAGUACUUGGCGUUGACAAUCUACAGCAAAUUGUUGGCGAGAUGAUGGAUAUUGGAUAUCCAAAAGUUCCUCCACCGUAUACUCCCAACAAUCUUGGUCAAAAUGGGGACGUGGGUAACAAUUCUCUAGUUCCAAAACAGGAGAUGGGACCAUCUCGACAAAACGCUGACAACUCAUCCCUGAUUGGCAUGUUCAACAAAUUCACUGGGAUCGAUUUAACAAAAAAUAUUGAAAAAUUGACAUCCAUGACUCAACAGAGUAGAUCAAGUCUGAAUGAUCAGCAGGCAUUAGUUAAACACGCUCCCACAACAGACAUUACUCCGCAAGAAACACAUCGACUCAAAUCACAGCUAAAACAAUCCAUUGCAACAGCUAGACCAGAACGCAACGCAGCAUUUCGCUCUACUGUUCCCAAUGAUCCUACAUCGCAAUCUACUAUUUCCAAAGUACAGUCACAAUGUAAUAUUUUGACUGAGCAUGAUUUGGUACUUGUUAUGCAUACUCGUGUAGCACAUAUUCCUGUAUAUAUUGACAAACAGCUUGCAAGCAAUAUGACCGCCAUGUCACAGCAACCGUUAUCUGAACAUAAAGAAGCUAUACAUCGAUUCUCUAUUGUUCUUGAUUUUUUAUCUGGUGUAUUCAAACUUCAGCCAGGUGUAGUUCACAUGUAUUGGGACAAGGAUGGAGCCACGAUCGCAUUCAAUAGAAACAGAGCACUGUUUUUCAAUUUGAGAUUUUAUGUUGGGUUGCAUUUCCAGUCUAUUCAAAACACUGCUCCACAAACUCCUGGUGAUUUUCCCAGUUCAAACAGCAAUAGUUAUGUUGAAAGCGUUGGUAAUGAGUCUUGUAGCGUGCUGUCGUAUUGGUUUAUGAAAUUCUGUCACGAACUGGCACAUAAUUUUGUCGGUGAGCAUAAUGGUAUUCAUGAGUAUUGGAUGAGCUCAUUUGCAGAAACGUAUUUUGAACCACUGAUUGCUUCGAUGAAAAAGGCUAGCGUAAAUUUUGAUGUAUAA